CUCCAUUCCACUCCACCUUCACUCGUCUACCACCCGCGCAAACCUACCCUCUGCCAACCACGUCUAGGUCAAUCAAAGCUCUGUGGACACGUUUCUGCGGCAGACGUUCUUUUUUAAACUUCGGUAAACGUAAUUCUGGUCGCAAGAUGUCGGAUUUGACGAAAUCUGAGACUUUCGAUCGCGCUCAAUUUGAGGAGCUGAUGAAGAAGAGAUUCUUCUUCGCUCCUUCCUUCCAAAUUUACGGAGGUAUCAGUGGUCUUUUCGACUACGGUCCUCCGGGUUCUGCUCUUCAAACGAACAUUGUCGAGCUCUGGCGCCGUCACUUUGUUAUCGAGGAAAGUAUGCUUGAGGUUGACUGCUCUAUGCUGACUCCCCACGAGGUCUUGAAGACCAGUGGUCAUGUUGACAAGUUUGCCGACUGGAUGUGCAAGGACCCCGCUACUGGUGAAAUUUUCCGUGCUGAUCAUCUUGUUGAGGAGGUUUUGGAGUCUCGUUUGAAGGGUGACAAGGAAGCUCGUGGACAAAAGUUGGAAGCUGCUCCUGAGAGCGACGACAAGAAGAAAAGAAAGAAGAAGGUGAAAGAGAUUAAGGUGACUCGUCUUGAUGAUGAGGUCGUGAAGGAGUAUGAGACUAUUUUGGCUCAGAUCGACAACUACGAUGGUGCUCAAUUGGGUGACCUUAUGGUGAAGCACAACAUCCGCAACCCCGUUACCGGUGGUGAAUUGGAGUCCCCUCGUCAAUUUAACCUGAUGUUUGAGACUCAAAUUGGUCCCAGCGGUGGUUUGAAGGGUUACUUGCGUCCUGAGACGGCUCAAGGUCAAUUCCUUAACUUCAACCGUUUGUUGGAGUUCAACAACAACAAGGUUCCUUUUGCCAGUGCUAUGGUCGGCAAGGCCUUCCGUAACGAGAUUUCCCCCCGUAGUGGUCUUCUGCGUGUUCGUGAGUUCUUGAUGGCAGAAAUUGAGCAUUUUGUUGAUCCUCUUGACAAGAGUCACUACCGUUUCGACGAGGUCAAGGACACUGCCCUCCGUUUGCUUCCUCGUGACGUUCAGUUGUCUGGCUCUACUAAGCUCGUCGAGAUGAAGAUUGGUGAUGCUGUUGAGAAGGGUAUUGUGGACAACACUACUCUUGGUUACUUCAUGGCCCGUAUCUACGAGUUCUUGAAAAAGAUCGGUAUUGACAUGAACCGUGUUCGUUUCCGUCAACACAUGAGCAACGAGAUGGCUCACUAUGCCUGCGACUGUUGGGAUGCUGAAAUUCACUGCUCGUACGGUUGGAUUGAGUGUGUUGGUUGUGCCGAUCGCAGUGCUUAUGAUUUGAGCGUUCACAGUGCUGCCACAAAGACGCCUCUUAUUGUGCAAGAGAAGCUCGCCGAGCCAAUUGUUGUCGAUGAGUUUGUUGUCGAGGUGAACAAAAAGAAGUUUGGACCCAAGUUUAAGCGUGAUGCUAAGGCUGUUGAGGAGGCAAUGCUUGCUUGGACCCAAGCUGAGCGUCAGGCCAAGGCCGAGGAGCUUGCUUCUACUGGUAAGAUUCCCGUCAGCGUCAAUGGUGUCAACUUCGUUGUUGAAAGCGAGUUGGUUACGAUUGAGAAGCAAAAGCGUACUGAGCACAUUCGUUCAUACAUUCCCAACGUUAUUGAGCCCUCGUUUGGUUUGGGACGUAUCUUGUAUGUGUUGAUGGAACACUCUUACUGGACCCGUCCUGAGGAUGUCAACCGUGGUGUUUUGUCCUUCCCUCCUGCUGUUGCUCCCAUCAAGGCUUUGAUUGUACCCUUGAGUAAGAACGCCGAGUUCGACCCUCUUGUGCGCCAACUCUCCGCCAAGCUCAGAAGAAACGGUAUUUCCAACAAGGUGGAUGAUUCCAACGCCAAUAUUGGUCGUCGUUAUGCUCGUAACGAUGAGCUUGGUACGCCUUUCGGUAUUACUGUCGACUUUGACUCUCUUAAGGACAACACCGUCACUCUCCGUGAGCGUGAUUCUACCAAGCAAAUCCGUGGUACUGACGAUGAAAUUGUUGCUACCUUGGUUCAAUUGAUUGCUGGUCACACUACCUGGUCUGAGGUCCUCGACAAGUUUGGUGAGUUUACCACUGUUCAAGAGGGCAACUAAAACGAAAAAGAUGGUUAGAAAUGUGAGUUUCGUUAACUUUUUGUUUUUACUAGAGAUACCUACAUACCUAUAUGUGUAUACAAAAUACGA